AUGCAGCAUUUGGUUCGAAGACCAUCACGGUUCGACUACUUGUCUCCGUCCUAUGGAACCAACGCAUUAACCAUUGAUAAUGGAUUCUACACGCCGAGCAAUUCCUUCCACUCUGAAUCAUGCAUGGGAUCCAACAGUAUCGGGACAGAUGGAUCUUUACCCAGCCCAAGGUUACACACAAGUCCACUUGAAGGACGUCAGCAGCAGAAUAAUCAACGAAAUAACAAUCGCAAUACCUAUGAGCGGUAUUUACAGAAAUACGGUCACACCGUCACCAUAGAUAUCGAUGGGCGUCAGAGUUCUGGGGUUCAGGAACCAAAAGUUGUUUUUCGAGGUGACUCUAAUGCAGUGAACUCACCAAUCGAAAAUCCAUACCACAUUUGCACCAACCGUCUUGGCAUCGCCUCAAAUGCACCGUGCAUGAAUUCUCAAAAUUUUUUGAACUUGGAUGCUGGUCAGCCAUGCACAACCUCAAGCGCAUUCAUGCCCUAUCCGCCAACACCAACUACUUCCUCACGAACAGGGCAAGACCAGGUAUUGGACCAAAAUUUGGUCUCAGCAGCCAAAUACGUGUAUGAGCUGACAGAUGGAAGCAGUAGACCCACAAGUCGAUCAUCCAGCGGUUCUCGAGCACCGGAAGCUGAUAAUAUCAAUGGUGUUGAAGCCAAUUUCGACCAUUUUAACGAAAUUGAGAAGACUAAAACGGCUUUACUGGAACUUUCGAGCAAUAACACGGGGAUGUCAAAGGUUGCGACUGCGUCAGCAGUGGACACUGAUGAAAACCAAACCCUACAGGUAGCCGUGGAGUCGAAUUCGUCUCAGCAAGUUAGGGAUGAGCCACGGCCUGAACAGCUGCCUUUUAACGGUCAGGACUCUUCCCAGUCGGUUAACUCAGCGGCCUUAGAUGACAUUACAUUGGCAGCACAGCUUAGUCAGCUUGCUUUAAACUUAUCAGGGCGCAGUGAUCUGAAUUCGAGUCAGCUCAUUAACGUACUACUCCAUCUGCUGGCGAUCGACUCUACGAAUACAGGCUCGCCAACCCGGCCGAUUUCAACGCCCAACGAAGUUCCGCAAUCACUAAAUGAUUGGGGUUCUUUUAGCUCCAAUCCACGAGCUUGCCAAGUUCCAUCGUUGGCGUCAGCGAAUAACAUUUUAUCCAAUCAACUGUUUAGUUUACUCGUCAGUCUCGGCAAAAUUAAUCCUGCUCUUUUGAGUGCUCUCCUUGUGUCCGUUGAGAAUGGGCAGAUUGAUGCUCAGCAGAUUCUGCUUAAAUUGUUGACCACUAAGCUAGGCAUGCCCAGCAAUGGGCCUAGCAAUGUUAGUCUCCUGUCAUCCAUUGGGAGCUUACUCUCAACAGAGGCUGUGAGGAAUAACAGUGAAUUAAUGGAUGCGCUAACUUCCCAGCUUACAGCAUAUGCGGCCAGGUUUGAUAGUAGCAAAGCCUUGCAGUCGAAUAGCUACCAUUACCCACCCAUGGCACACAAUAGGCACCAUAUUCGCCAGUCGACGAAUUUUGGCAAUGAAUCUCCACUUACUUCACUAUAUUACCGACCGCACGUGAAUGACGGGUCACAAUGUGCCGGACAAUGUUGCAAUCGUCAAUGCAACCUUGAGGGAGACAUUGACCGGGCCGCUACAAUUUACAGAAAUUCAGCUAGCAACGCUUCCCAAAAAUUAGAGACAAUUCAUCGCUGGAGCGGAAAGUUACCGAUGCGAAAUUACAACUCCAUGUGCUUCUCCAGGAAGGUUUUUCUCGGUGGAGUACCGUGGGAUAGUACAAGUGAAGAUCUCAUCAACACUUUCUCUCAAUUUGGGAAUGUGUCAGUCCUCUGGCCGCAGAAAGAUGGUGGCUAUAUCUCCAACCAUCACAAUAAUGACAUCGGGAAUGAUCGGUCCAUGUCAGUUGCUCCAAAGGGAUAUUGCUACCUGUUAUUUGAACAUGAAUCCUGUGUCGCCGAACUUUUGGCAAAGUGCACACGAGAUGCAUCAAAUGGUGGAGAAUACUUUAAACUUUCAUCUCCCAAGUUCAAGUCAAAGAGUGUUCAGGUUAUCCCUUGGGUAAUAAGCGACAGCCAAUUCUCCUGUGGGGGCGGUCAGUCCAGUUCGCAAUUCACUUACACUGUAUUUGUUGGUGCUCUUCACGGAAUGAUCACCGCUGAAGCACUCACUUCCAUCAUGAAUGAAUUAUUUGGAAAUGUUAUUUUUGCUGCGUUAGAUACUGACAAGCACAAGUAUCCCAUCGGUUCUGGCCGUGUCGUCUUUCGUAAUCAUGCCAGUUAUAUGCGUGCUGUGACAGCGAAUUUCGUGGAGGUUCGCACACCAAAAUUCACGAAGACUAUUCAAAUCGACCCCUUCCUCGAGGAUUCACUUUGUGACACUUGCCGCGUUUUGCCUGGUGUUUAUUUCUGCCGCUCACUGGAUUGCUUCCAAUAUUUCUGCCCGACAUGCUGGCAGAAAUGGCACAGUACCAGCCAAACAAAUCACAAACCCCUCCGUCGAAGUCUCAAGCUCAAUAUGGAGCGGGUUUAG